AUGAAGUUCGCUGAACAUUUAUCCGCUCAUAUCACGCCAGAAUGGAGGAAGCAAUAUAUAAAUUACGAAGAAAUGAAGGCCAUGUUAUACAUGGCCGUAGAAGAAGCGCCUUCAGCUGAAAGCGUGGACGCCGAAGAUGUGCGCAAACAUUUCGCCAAUUUCGACGAACAAUUUUUCCUCUACGCCGACAAGGAACUCAAAAAAAUUAACACAUUUUACGCUGAAAAACUAGCUGAAGCUACAAGGAAGUUUGCCACCUUAAACAGCGAGCUCAAAGAUUCUUUAGACAGUAUUAGAUUAGGUAGUAGAAAAGAUAAGAAGCGAGUGCCAACAAGAAAACUGCAAGACCUCAAAUUAGCAUUCAGUGAAUUUUAUUUGAGUCUAAUUUUAUUGCAAAACUAUCAAACACUGAAUCACACCGGGUUCAGGAAGAUACUUAAAAAACACGAUAAGCUUCUGAAUACCGAUGUUGGUGCAAAGUGGCGCGAAGAGCACGUAGAAGCCUCCCAUUUCAACCUUAACAAGGAUAUUGAUAAUAUUAUUAAUGAAACAGAAAACUUGGUUACAAAUGAAUUGGAGGGCGGCGACAGGCAAAGGGCAAUGAAAAGAUUGAGGGUGCCACCUUUGGGCGAACAACAAUCGCCUUGGACCACUUUCAAAGUUGGACUAUUUUCGGGUAGUUUUAUCGUGCUUUUGAUAUCUGUUGUAUUAUCAGCAAUAUUCCACGAAGGCAGCAGCGACAACCUAAAAAUCGCCUUUCGCAUGUACCGAGGUCCGCUCCUGCUGAUCGAAUUCAUAUUCCUUUUGGGCGUCAACGUUUACGGCUGGAGAUCCUCAGGAGUCAACCAUGUUCUGAUUUUCGAACUGGAUCCGAGAAACCAUUUGACCGAGCAACAUCUGAUGGAACUAGCAGCGAUUUUCGGUGUCGUUUGGGCGCUGAGCUUGCUCAGUUUCCUUUACAGCGCCGCCCUAAGUAUACCAGCUUACGUUAAUCCUUUGGGGUUGGUGAUUAUUAUGAUUGCGUUCCUGAUUAAUCCUUUUAAAAUGUUCAGACACGAAGCAAGGUUUUGGUUUUUGAGAUUAUGCGGCAGGAUGUUUGCAUCUCCCGUUUUCCACGUGGGGUUUGCCGAUUUUUGGCUGGCUGAUCAACUGAACAGUUUGGUGAAUGGCUUGCUCGAUUUGCAAUUUUUGUUUUGCUUUUACUUUACUAACGGGAACUGGUCCGAAGCUGGAGAUUCCGCUGGUUGCAUGGAAAAAAAUUACAUAAUAAGACCAAUAGUGAAUUGUAUUCCGGCCUGGAUACGUUUCGCUCAGUGCCUGAGACGGUACUACGAUUCCAGAGAGGCGUUUCCGCAUUUGGUCAACGCCGGAAAGUAUUCUUCCACGUUUUUCGUUGUUAUUUUUGCCACUUUGAAAAGUUACUAUAAAGAUGAUUACGACUCAGUAUUAGACAAUCCCUACUACAUAAUGUGGAUUUUGUCGCAACUAAUAAGCUCCACAUACUCUUACAUAUGGGACAUUAAAAUGGAUUGGGGUCUUAUGGACAAAAACGCUGGCGAAAACACCUUCUUACGCGAAGAAAUUGUUUAUUCUUCAACAUUCUUUUAUUACUUUGCCAUAAUCGAAGAUUUCAUCUUACGUUUCACUUGGACCGUAACGAUUUACUUAACCGAAUACAAAUACGUAAGUUCGGACAUGAUGACGUCAAUAACCGCCCCCUUAGAAGUGUUCAGACGUUUCGUUUGGAAUUUUUUCCGAUUGGAAAACGAGCACCUGAACAAUUGCGGUAAGUUCAGAGCGGUCAGAGAUAUUUCCGUUGCACCGAUCGAUUCCACCGAUCACAUUCAAAUAUUACGGAUGAUGGACGAUAUUGAUGGGGUGGUACACAGAGGGAAAAAAAUGAAAUCGCCCAAGAGGAAGGAGGAUAAGGUGCCUUUAUUGCACGACGCUACUGUUAUCAAUUUUAAAAGUAUUCCGUUUUCUGGUAUACAGGGUUAA